UUUGGUUCAGUACCUCGGACAGCGAACUCUCCGAUAGGCUGGAGCCCGUCGGCGGCCAAUGGCUUCAGUGGCGCGGCUGCGACAGCGACGAUCAGCAGCAGCAGCAGCAGCAGCAUCCAGGGCAUCAGCCAAUGAGAAGGCGCCGUUUCUCUCCCACAUCCAACCCGAAUAACUGCAGAUGCCCGCAUCAAAGCAACGGGUCUCUCUCUCUCUGGCAGGUUUACAUAGCUGAGGGUAUAAGCUGCCAUCUAUUUUUGGAAGUCAUAGUAGCCAUUUUUUCCUCUCUUGGUAUUCUCCGCCAUUGUGUUGAUUAAGGUUCUUUGAACCGAUGCGUGUUGUUUUAUUUAUGUCUGAGGGAGGUUUGUCCGAGCUGUCAGUAUUGUAGCGGGACAUUAAUAGCCGUGACCGUUUUCGGUUCUCAAUGGAAGACAUCUUCCCACUCGAUGCGAGCGAAGGAGUGAAGCACAUUUCGCAUCUGCUUUGCAUCUGUAUUCACAUCGACGGGCGGGGGACUUUUUAUAAAUGAAGAUUUGAAAAAGGGCAGCAGCCAACCGGGAGACAAACCGAUCAGCCUGUGACACAGGGGCUUACAUAGACUAUUAUCAGGGACCGAUCCGUUUUCACGCUUUGGACCCCGGGCAGCUUGUGUUGGCGGUGUAGAAACCGAGCAGAACGGGUGGGAAGCCUUUUCACAUUUUGACCGCAUUUGCCCAGCAGCAAGGGGGGUCAAGGUGUGAUACAUGGAUUUCAAAAGAAGAGUCGAUUAAAGGUUUGACUUCCUCCAGAAGUGAGACACUUUCUCAAAGCUCUUUGUCUAGACCAAUCAAAGAGCUUUUCCCUACUGCCCCCCACUCCACCCUUCCUGUGACCCUCUGCUAACCCAGACAUCAUGGGUACAGUGUUGUCACUGUCUCCCAGCUACCGAAAGGCGGCGCUGUUUGAGGAUGGCCCAGCUACAGUGGGCCACUACACAGCAGUCCAGAACAGCAAGAAUGCUAAAGAUGCUGCCGCCGCAGCUGCAAAGUCCCUCAAACGGCCUUCCAUCAUCAGCGUGUUGCCAUGGAAACGGAUUGUGGCUGUAUCGGCAAAGAGGAAGGGCUCGAAGAAGCUGCAGUCAGAAGGCGGGGAUGGCGGGAAAGGGAGCUCUCCAGAUGGCCAUGCCACCGCCACAUCCAACUCAGCCUCCAACAGCCUGAAGCUGAAGAAGUCUCAGUCCUGCGCUAACCUUUCAUCUUACUCACAGCCAGGACCCCUCAGGCCACCACUACCACCCGUUGCUGCCAAAAAGAAUUCCCUCACAGGCUCUGGGAUCCAGCCGUCUACUGCAGCAGGCACGCCAAAACGUGUCAUUGUCCAGGCCUCCACCAGUGAACUGAUGCGCAGCCUGGGCGAGUUCCUGUGCCGUCGGUGUUAUCGACUGAAGCGUCUAUCCCCAACAGAUCCGGUGCUGUGGCUGCGCAGUGUGGACCGCUCCCUCCUCCUACAGGGCUGGCAGGAUCAGGGCUUCAUCACCCCAGCCAACGUGGUCUUCCUCUACAUGCUGUGCCGUGAUGUGGUCUCAGCUGAGGUGGCCUCGGAGCGCGAGCUGCAGGCCUCGCUGCUCACCUGCCUCUACCUGUCCUACUCCUACAUGGGCAACGAGAUCUCUUACCCGCUGAAGCCCUUCCUGGUUGAGGCAGAGAAGGAAGCCUUCUGGGACCGCUGCCUGGAGAUCAUCAACCGCAUGAGCGGCAAGAUGCUCCAGAUCAACACCGACCCGCACUUCUUUACCCAGGUGUUUGCUGACCUGAAGAACGAGAGCAAGAAAGAAGAGGAGAAGACCAAACUCCUCAUAGGCCUUGACCGAUAAGUGGGAGCUGGGGGGGGGGGAGCAAAGAUGAAUGGAUAGGGAGAUUGAUGGAGUUAAAUAGGUUGAAGAUGUGAGGACUAAUGUAAUGCAUUAUAGUGCUACCUUGGAGCAGUGCUGUUGUCUGGCGUCUCUACAGGUUUAUGAUUAACCAAAUUUCCUGUUUAUAACCUAGAACAAAGAGCCUCUGGGAUUAAACAUGGAGUUUAAAUCAUUUUUAAAUCAUUCAACAGGCUUUCAGACAGAGGCAGUAGCUGAUCUUGUCUUGUCUGAAGGCAGCAAUUGGACGACAGGGCCAUUUCACCAAAAUAAAGCAGAUAAAAUCAGGGAUGUCAUGGUUCUGGCCACAUUAUUAGACAUGAUUGGAUCUGAUUAGAUUCUCGAGACAGACAGGUUCCUUGGUGGCAUCCAGCGUCCACGUUGCUCAGGAUGUGACAAUAACAAGCUUUAAGGCCGAGAUAUGAUCUUUAGUUUUUCAAGAACAAUGUAACUGACAAUGCAGACAUGGAGAGCUUUAUUUUAUCAAAUGCCUGGCCACUGAGGUUCAUGAUAUGACAUUAACAGGAUGUGAAUAAGAGAUAUCAUUUUUAUCUCUUGCCUCUUCCCGGUGACAUGCAUCCGUCUGACCUUCAGUGAGAUAAAAAAUGAAAUCUGAUACUCCUAUUAAAAUAUUUCUCUGUCUUGUGACAUUAUUGGGAUUAGAAACGCCAGACAACACUCAUUUACGUAAAUAAGGCUGAAUAUUAUUAUAAAUAUAAAGAUACAGGAUAUUGAUAUUGUGUGAUAGCCUCCAGGCAUUUUCGCUAUAGAGAAAUGUCAGGGUUAUGAAAAACAAGAACCACGCUGCAUGAGGUCACCUCAUAUGUCCUUGCACAUGACCACCUGCUUAUUGCCAACUCCAUUUUACCUUAUUCCUAUUGUCCUGCCCAAGCUUAUUGCACUCACCAACAUCAGCUGCGAGGUCCACUGUUGAAACCUAAAGAGCAUUAACUAAUACCAUAACGUGGAUGAACUAGAAUCAGCCACAACACAACUGGCCUGCAAACUUGUCUGACUGUGAAAUGUAAGGUGUAAUUGUACUGUAACUAGUGGAUUAGUUGAUCUGCAUCUUACACUAAGUACUGUACUUUAAAGGGAUAUUUGGGUUUAUCCAGCCAAAUCCACAAUGAAUUGGGAGAUCAAUUAUUUAUUUUUAAGAGUAUGAAACGUUAAUCCUUUGGGCACAGAUUAAUAAUCAUUAAACAAGCCCUACUGUAAGCUGUUUACAUUAACAGAGAAACAUGGGAAAAUGCAAUACUGACCCCUCCAGGGCAUAUUUUACACAAGGAAUUAUUUCAUUCCUUCCUGUUCCCCUGCACUUUGUCCUGCAGUCCAUAUUGGUGCUGUCCUAAAUGACCACAGCGAAGUGUUUUAUUGAAAGAAAGAAAGAAAGAAAGAAAGAAAGAAAGAAAGAAAGAAAGAAAGAAAAAGAAAGAAUUCAGUUUUAGAACACUGCACGCGUGUUGUGUGCUUCAUGCUGUAUGAGUGACUGGUAGACCUGGGUCGUGGAGGACAUGUUCAAAGACUGGACCAUGUAAUCUGUCUCAACCAGUGGCUACAAUACACCACAGUGAAAGAAAAUGUGAUUAUAUUCCAGGUGUGUGAGGGUGGGGGCAGAUGUGACUUUUCUUCCACAACAAUGCUUUCAUGUUGCUGUCGCCACUCGACUCGAGGGACUGCUGUUUGAAGUGUCGACCCCCCACCCUCCUCUCUCCUUUACCACCCCCACCCCACCCCCCCAACUCAUUACAUUCUACAUCAACCUGGACAGGCUAAAACAACACAGAUUCACGUCAGUCUGGUGUGAACUGGUCCUGUCCUGUCUGAUGCGGUCCAGUCCAGUUGUCCAAUAUUUAGAGACUCUCUGGUCCACUGAACUGAUGGCUUACUUAUUCACUGAGUUGUUUGAUAUGCAUGUGUGCUUCUAUAGGUUUCCUAGCAUGCUGCUUUGUGUUGAGCACACCGCAUCACAUGUUACAGAAGAGACUGAGCAUUCAUCAUGCUUCCCAUUCCCUUUCAGAUCUAAGUUAGCUCUAGCUUAGAUGGUCUUCAGAAAACUCAAACAUCCAGUCAAGAUUCUGUAUCAGAUGGAAUGGAUAUUGUAGGGGUAUUGUUGUACUUCCAUAAGGUUGGGGGCCUCACAAGACAGAGCAAAAACUCAAAGGUCCAAAUCAUAGCAUUUUGCAUAAUGCAACUGGAUAGCAUCUGUCAUUAGACACCUCACCUUAAAUUCUUACUUCUUUCAAACCCAGUUUGUAACACAGGCUUUCUGUUAAAAAUAUAAAGUCUCAAACCCAAACAAAUAUAACCCCAAUGACAUUAUCAGGGUUAUUUCUUCAAACAUGUCACAUGUUCCCUCUGCAGAGAUUCUUUGCUUUGAUGAUAUCACAUCACCAAGUCUAACCAUAGCUAAUGAAAUGUCAAAUUUUAGGAAAGCUCUGCCUUCUCAAACAGGGCAGGGAUCUUGUGCCAUAUCAUCUAUACAAAAAAACAACAAAACACAUUGAAACAUGAGCCAACUCAAAGUCUCUGACUGUUGAACAAGAAAGACUUUAAAGGGAUUUAAUGAAUAAUCUUUUUCAGUGUUGUUAUAUCAGGUAUCAGAGAUGUUGACCAGAAAAGAGGAACUUUGUUUAAGAGUGAUUUUGAUACACAGGGAUGUUUUAUGUGCCACUGCAAAAUGUAAGCUAAAAUUUCUUUGGCCUGCAUUCUGAGAUGAUUUUAAACAACAAACACACACACAAACAAACAACAAACAGUAACAUCUGGGUGUCUCCAUGAUACAAGUCAUUUAACUGUUUUAGGUUUUGUGUUCAGAAGAUUACUAACUGGGCUGCAGUCUGUACCAUGCUGUAAAAAAAAAAAAAAAAAAUGUAGCCUUGAUCCCGAGUCAGACCUGGCGAGCCAAAUAUGCACAUGAAGAAUGAAUCCAUGGCAAACAAGCUUGUUUACAUGUCCUAGCUGUUUCUAAUGGGUCCAACAGACAAGUAGCAUUUCUCUCAAUGGCAUUCCCAAGACAACUGUUGAUUAAUCUUUUUUUUUUUAACUUCUUGUUCUUAAAGAGCCAGACUGUACAUUUGGUCAGAUCUAUAUCACUACAGGUUUACAGAUAAAACAUACAUUUAAAGGUGACAAAUCCUUGUUUCCGUGAUAAGAACUUUGAUGAACUUAGAGAAGUUACAGUUACAAACCUAAAUUCAUGUUCUUCAACAAUACAUUGAUUUGAAUAUGUCUCAGAUUUAGCAGAGGAACGGUGAAUAUUUCUGUUCAAAUCAUGAACUGUUGCUUGUUGAUUGUGUGUGGUAAAUCUAAUUGGCCAUUAGCUAAGCCACACCACCUUUUGUUACCAUUGCUACCAUCAAGCUUUUUGUUUUUGCACCAUACAUCAUAUUUUUUACAAUGGAAACAAUGGCAAAUUUACUAUCAAAAUUAUCUUAGUAAUACAUGAAACAAUUGGUCCUUGAUUUUAGAUACAGACAAAGUCACCUUCUUACUUCUACCUGUUGCUAUCAGUUAUAGCUAGGUACUUACGUUAAUCUUUGCUCAGUUAACUGGUUGAAAAUGCUAAAUGCUGUCUCCUGAAGUUUUAUUGCUUCCAUUUUACUCAUUUUGAAAUGAUGUGAAAGGGCUUUUAAAUAUGCAAAUGAUGGCUACAUAAGCUACUUGAUAUCCUGCUAAAAGUCUGAAGCUACAGCUGUGUGUUCUAGACAAAACGUUAGCAUUCUCACCAGCUGAGAUCCAUGUAGAGGCAUAGAUAUAGGGACACAGUAUUGUUCCUAUAUUGCAGUGUAGAACUAGAUAGUCUAAAUAGUGUAAUUACAAAAAAGAACAAUGAGAAAUUGGAUUGUUCUUUCAUCGCAGUAUUCCCAAAUUCAACAAACUGCAAAGAACAGCUGCUUACAUUAGCUUGAACUUUGAUAGCGUCCAGGAUUGUUUUCCUUACAGUGGUGAAAUGCUACACAACUGAUGCACUAGUUGUGAACUUUUUUUAAUGCAACAUUUUACCCCACAAAUUAAUGUAUGUACUCCUUGACCAUGGAAGUAAUGCUUGGUUACUACUGUAGAUAGCAAGCCAGUUAGCCACACAUGCUAAUGAUUGCAGCUUACAUUCAAGCAGAUAAACAUACAAUUUAAUCUAGUCGUUAUACUUUUGCCCUGGCCUUUCAUGGUUGCUGAUAAAAAAAAGACACCCCCCUCUAAACUCUUGAAAUGCCAUGUAUUCUUACUUCUUACUACAGCACCAUACAAUGCCUCAACAUGUGGAGAAACAUAAGGCUUUACAGGCCUGAUGUGUGCAGUUAUGGUUGCUAAUCUAAAACUCAACUAUCACUGUUUGAGGGAGGAGUUCAGAGAACAGUCAGUUCUGUUGAAUUCAAAUCUGAUGCCCUAUCCUAGAUAGAGAAUACACCCCCACCACACACACACACACACACACACACACGCAGAGUGUUAUGCAUUGAUUAUUCAGUAUCAUGUGGAUGCCAGAUGUGGAUUGACAGACAGUAAUUAUGUAUUUAUACUGAACUGCAAAUGCCCCAUUUUCCUCUGUUUGUGCUUCAACCUGUUUCAGUCCUUCCAGCUGUGCAGAGACAGUAAAAAGGAGACACGGAUGCAGGGAAAAGGACAUGUGUCCUCUGAAUGAACCUCUGUCUAGAAUUGUAGAGAGAGGUACGGGUUGACUACACCCCCUCCUUCACAUGCUCUCAUCACU